AUAAGGGCCAGCUAGAGGGAGUAGAUCUGCACACUCCAGGUCUGGGCAGAGAGUUUUAGGACGCCUCUGGAACUGGACAUGUCGGAACGUCAAGUGCCCUUCACUUUUCUACGCAGCCCCAGCUGGGACUGGUACAGAGGCAGCAGGCUCUUGGACCAGUCUUUUGGGAUGCCACUGAUUCCCGAGGACUGGUACAAGUGGUCUGCAGGGACCACCACCAGCUGGCCAGGUUACGUACGACCUCUGAUCAGCUCAAGUCCAGAGCCGGUGGCCGCUACUCCCGUCGUCAGCUCACCGGUUGUAGCCAACCCUGCCUACAACCGGGCUUUGAACCGCCAGUUGAGCAGCGGAAUCUCUGAGAUCCGGCAGACUUCAGAUAGCUGGAAAGUGGCAUUGGAUGUCAACCACUUUGCACCGGAAGAGUUGAUGGUGAAGACAAAGGAUGGUGUAGUAGAAAUCACUGGCAAGCAUGAAGAAAGACAAGAUGAACACGGAUUCAUUUCCAGAUGUUUCACAAGGAAAUACACGUUGCCUCCUGGCAUUGACGCAUCCGUGGUCCGAUCAUCGCUUUCCCCAGACGGCCUGCUGACAGUAGAGGCGCCCUUGCCCAAACCAGCCAUUCAGUCUGCAGAGAUCACAAUCCCAGUCACUUUCGAAGCCCAUGCCCAGAUCCCCCCAUCAGAUGCCAAGAAGCCUGAAGAGGCCACCAAGAAAUAAAGACCUUUUGAGAUUCAUAAGUCUGGUAUAGAAAAUGGGCAUUUAAAAUCUCCCAUAUAUUCCAUUUUGUAAAGGCAUCAUUGUAGUGAGGCGUCCGAAUAAAACUCUAAGACCUCUA